AUGCGGUUCGAGCAAGCGGACCUCAGGUGCCGGUCACCCCGUGGGGCACCGGACACCCCGCAAACCGCUGCCGCUAUGACCGGUGGCCAACGUUCACCAGACACAUCGUACACGGCGGCCCGUGCGUCGUCCACCGACUUUUCCGUCAGCUCGUUGCUGACCAACAAUAACAACAACAGCAGCGGCGGUGCGCCGCCGUCCACAGUCCAGCAGCAGGCCGGUGGCCAGCAACAGCAGUAUCCGCCUCCGCCACCGCCGCCACCCGGUCUGUCGGCCGCAGCGGCCGCCGCGUACGCCAUGGGCGCCUGUUAUCCGGGCACCAUGAUACCCAUGCCAAAGAUGCACCAUGGCCCGCAUCACCCCGGCGCCGGUAGCUAUCCGGCCGAAGAGAUGCUCGCGUUGGCCGCGGCCGUCGCGCACGGCGUACACCAUCCACACCCGGCGGCCGCGCUACCCCGGUCUGUGGUCAGGCCCGAAGACGACGGUGUGGUCGACGAUCCCAAGGUCACGCUAGAGGGCAAGGAUCUGUGGGAAAAGUUCCACAAGCUCGGCACCGAAAUGGUCAUCACCAAAUCUGGCAGGCGGAUGUUCCCCGCUUACAAAGUCCGAGUUAUGGGGCUUGACAAAAAGGCCAAAUACAUACUGCUAAUGGACAUCGUGGCCGCCGACGACUGUCGCUAUAAGUUCCACAACAGCCGAUGGAUGGUGGCCGGAAAAGCUGAUCCGGAAAUGCCCAAGCGAAUGUACAUACAUCCCGAUUCCCCGUCGACUGGCGAACAGUGGAUGCAAAAAGUCGUGUCGUUUCACAAGCUAAAACUCACCAACAAUAUAUCUGACAAACACGGAUUUACCAUAUUGAACUCGAUGCACAAGUACCAGCCCCGUUUCCAUCUAGUCAGAGCCAACGACAUUAUCAAGUUGCCGUACUCAACUUUCCGUACGUACGUGUUCAAGGAAACCGAGUUCAUCGCCGUUACGGCAUAUCAAAACGAAAAGAUAACUCAGUUAAAAAUCGACAACAACCCGUUUGCCAAAGGGUUCCGAGACACCGGUGCCGGUAAACGAGAAAAAAAGCAAGCAAUGUUAACGGCUCAGCGACACGGUGGCCAAACGGUCCAAAGCCAGGACGAAAAGCCCUCGGGUUCAGAUCACGAGGACGACAAACCACUGGACGUGGUCGGUGGAGGAGACCCCGACUCACCAAUUUCUGCCCACCACCACCACCAUCACCACCAACCCCACCAACCCGGUUCGUGGUUCUCGGGAUUGGCUGAUGGUAGUUUGCUCCUGGAGGACGCAAUGAGGAGGCGCCUGGCCGGUCACCCGGCUCUUCACCACGCGGCGUUCCUGCAACACCACCACCACCAACAAGCUCACCAGCAGGAAAUUGACAGUGAACAAGAAAGCAGUUGUUCUGAAUCAGGCCGGGAAAGAAUGAACUCACCGUCCGAUAAGGAGUCAGCUGGUCCUUCUGGACCCGGACACAGCCCUAUCGACUACCCAUUACCGAACGUUUCAUUCGGACCACCGAUCCCAACGUCGCCGCACCUAUUGCCGUACUUGUAUCCAGGCAUGUACCCCGGUGGCCCUGGCCUGGGCGGUCCGCUUUGCCCGUCGGCGCUCAGUCCCACCACCAACCUGCUGUUCAAUGCUCAGCUGGCGCUGGCCGCUCACCACCCGGGCUCGCUGUUCACGCAGGCGUACCUGCAGGGCGCCGCGGCCGGCGGUGGUGGCGGCGGUGGCGGCGGCAGCCACCCGUUCAAGAUGACCACCAGUGGACUGGCCGCGGCCGCUGGCCUGGGCCGGUUUCACCCGUACCACCUUGGCCUUCACCACCCGCUCCACCCAUCGUCCGUCGGCUCGGCUUUCGAAACGGUGACGCCGGGCCGGUGCUCGUCGGCCGGCAGUACUCCGCCGCCCGCGCCGCUCGACCUUCAGUCGCCGACCAACGGCGGCGGACGGCAGACAUCACCCCCUCAGCCACCGUUGCCACCACCACCGCAGUCGUCGCAGCCUCAGCCGUCACCGGCGUCGGCCCAGCUGCAACCGCCGCCGCGACAGUCGUCAGUGUCACCGUCACAACGACAGCACCAUCAUCACCAACAACAACACCACCACCACCGGACGGCCCCCAAUCAGCCGUCGCCGACCAGCAGCGAGUUGAAGUCCAUCGAGAAAAUGGUCAACGGACUGGACUCGACGUCGGCAGCAGCGUCGGCCGCCGACGAACAAGUAGUGGCGAUAGUCAAGUAA